AUGGAGGCUGAAGCCAUGGAGGAACCGCAGAGGCAGGUGCAGCCACUCGUGCCUGUUGUUCCAUGUUCCAAUGCCACCCCUACGGACAAGGCGCGUUUCCACAAAACCCAUCUCUCUAAUAAACCGGAAGAUUGUGGCUCUUGCAGCUCAAGAUUGUGGCUCUUGCAGCUCUUGUUGGUUCACUACCUAAAACACAAGAACAACUCAGAUAUAUUUGAAACAGAACACACACAACCAAAACAGGUAGUGAACCAACAAGAGGAGAAAGCAAGAGUGGUUCUCAAGUUUGUGUGGAUGGAAAAGAACGUAGGAUUAGGAUUGGACCAGCAUGUCCCUGGACAUGGCACAAUCCCACUAAGUCCUUACUUCUCCUGGCCAAGAAAAGAUGCGUGGGAAGAGCUUAAGUCCACUCUUGAAGCUAAGCCAUGGAUCUCUCAGAAGAAGAUGAUCAUUCUCCUUAACCAAGCCACUGACAUCAUCAACCUCUGGCAACAAAGUGGCGGCAACUUAACUUCCCAAUAAUCUUCUUGUCCUUUGUCUAUGAUAUUUUGCUAUUGAGAGUUAUUUGUUACAAUCAUAUCUAAACAAUAUCCAUCACAUUAGACAUUAAAAUAUUGAAAAUGUU